CUUUUUAGAUUCCAUAGUUACUAGAUCAAUCAGUAAUGACAUUAAGAUGCGCUACACUGCUCCAUGGAAAACUUGGUCAGAAAUACCUUUAAAGACAAAAGACGAGCUCUUCGGACUUUUUCGGAGUCGAUAUGUAUGGGAUGAGAGUGAAGAAGAUAUGAUUCGAACUGCUUGGGAAAAGGACCAGAUUGGAUGGAGGCAGAGAUAUGGAAUGCACUUGUUGCAUAUUGGAGUACACCAGAGUGGAGAAAGAAAUCAGAAGCUGGUAAAGCAAAUAGAAAUGUAGAAAAAGAUGGGACUAUUACGAAACACUCUUGUGGUUCAAUAAAACUGGAGGUUCAUGAGAAUAGAUUGGCAAAGAAGUUAGGUAGGCAACCAACUCAACUUGAACUAUUUCGUGCCACUCACACAAAAAAGGGGAGUCAAGGUGUUUUCAUUGAUGGAAAAUCACAACGAGUUGAUGGAGCUUAUUUGACUGCCAUUGCUGAAAAUGUGAAUGACAAUUGUGAUAGUCAGUCUGCUUUUGAUUUGAAUAAGUGGAUGGAAAUUUCUGGAAGUAGUAAAGGGAGGGUUUAUGGUUUUGGAUCUUCUGAUAUUGCAAAAUCUGGAACUCCAACUACCUCUUUCUCAUGCACAUCAGCUCAUCCUGGAGGACCUUCUCAAACUAUGUUUUCUUUAGAGGAGGUUGAACAAAUAUUAGAGCAAAACCGGGUCAAAAUGAAACAAGACAUGGAGCAAAUGCAAGAGCAAAUGCAAGAGCAAAUGCGAGUGCAGAUAGAAAAGCAAAUAAAAGAUCAGAUGAAAUCAUUGAAGAACAAAAAAAGAUCUUCACCGCAUAAUCCAACUGCAGAUUGUACUUCUCUAUCAGAUGGUUCAACAAAUUCAUAGAUUAGUUUUUAGUUUUAUGAACAUUGUUAAGUAUAAUUGAUUUAUUUUAAAUUUUAUGACGAUUGUUAAGUAUUA